AUGUUGGCCCUUGGGCUGGCAGACCCUCCAGUUCUGAGUUUAGGUCUCUGCAGCUUGUGGCCGCCCUGGCCCUCCAUGCCAGCCCCGCAGCGCUGCAGUCUGGGGUCUGAGGCUGGGCUGGGAGUGCGGGCUGGGGUGGCCUGCGGUCCCUUUGUGCCCUGCCCAGCUGAGCUUCCUCUUUCUACAGAGACGCUGCCUUCAGAGCCUCCGAGUCCCUGUGCCUCAGACCCAUGCGCCCCAGGGGCUGAGUGCCAGGCUACGGAGAGUGGAGGCUACACCUGUGGCCCCCCAGAACCUGGGGGCUGUGCCACUCAGCCAUGCCACCACGGCGCUCUGUGCGUGCCCCACAGUCCGGAUCCCAAAGGCUUCCGCUGCUACUGCGUGCCCGGUUUCCAGGGUCCGCACUGUGAGCUGGACAUUGACGAGUGUGCGUCCCGGCCCUGCCACCAUGGGGCCACCUGCCACAACCUGGCUGAUCGCUAUGAAUGCCACUGCCCGCUCGGCUAUGCAGGUGUGACCUGCGCGGAGGAGGUGGACGAGUGCGCCUCGGCACCCUGCCUGCACGGGGGCUCGUGCCUGGACGGCGUGGGCUCCUACCGCUGCGUGUGCACGCCGGGCUACGCAGGUGCCAGCUGCCAGCUGGACAUCGACGAGUGCCAGAGCCAGCCGUGUGCCAACGGGGGCGUGUGCCACGACCUGGUCAAUGGGUUUCGGUGCGACUGCGCUGGCACGGGCUACGAGGGCGCGCGCUGCGAGCAGGAGGUGCUGGAGUGUGCGUCGGCGCCCUGCGCGCACAACGCCACCUGCCUCGACGGCCUCGGGAGCUUCCGCUGCCUCUGCUGGCCAGGCUUCAGCGGCGAGCGGUGCGAGGUGGACGAGGACGAGUGCGCGUCGGGCCCCUGCCGCCACGGGGGCCAGUGCCUGCAGCGCUCCGACCCCGCGCUCUACGUCCCCGGCGCCUUCGACUUCCGCCACGCGGCCGGCUUCUGGUGCCGCUGCCCGGCCGGCUUUGAGGGGGAAGACUGCGGCGUGGACGUGGACGAGUGCGCCUCGGGGCCCUGUCUCCGCGGAGGCCGCUGCCAGGACCUGCCCAACGGCUUCCAGUGCCACUGUCCAGAGGGCUACGCAGGUGUGGCAUGUCAGGAGGACGUGGACGAAUGCCUGUCAGGGCCCUGCCUCCACGGUGGAACCUGUGAUGACAAAGUGGCGGGCUACAUCUGCCGGUGCCCAGAGGCCUGGGGUGGACACGACUGCUCCGUGCGGCUCACUGGCUGCCAGGACCACGCCUGCCCUCCGGCUGCCACCUGCAUCCCCACCUUUGAGUCUGGGGUCCACAGUCAUGUCUGCCGCUGUCCGCCAGGCACCCACGGAUCUUCCUGUGGCCACAAUACCACCUUCUCGGUCGUGGCUGGCAGCCCCGUGCAGGCGUCGGUGCCAGCUGGUGGCCCCCUGGGCCUGGCCCUGAGGUUUCGCACCACACUGUCUGACGGGGUCUUGGCCAUGCGCACGGACACCCAGGACAGCUUGGAGCUGGCCCUGGUGGGGGCCACACUCCAAGCCACGCUCUGGAGCCGGGGUGCCCUGCCCCUCGUCCUGAGACUGCCGGGCGCAACCCUCGGCGAUGGCCGCUGGCACCAGGUGGAGGUGGAGCUCCGCCUGGGGACCCUGGACCUCCGGCUCUGGCACGAGGACUGCCCUGCCCAGCUCUGUGUGGCCUCCAGCCCUGUGGCCCCAGGUCCUGUGGCAUCCGUGGCCCCAGGGCCCGCGGGGCCCUGCACCGCACAGCUGGGGGGCUCUGCCUUUGCAGGCUGUCUCCAGGACGUGCGCGUGGACGGGCACUGGCUGCUGCCCGCGGAUCUGGGCGAGGGCGUCCACCUGGGCUGCGAGCGCCACGAGCAGUGCCAGCCCUCACCGUGCGCCCACGGCGGGACCUGCGUGGACCUGUGGACGCGCUUUCACUGCACCUGCCCGCGGCCUUACAGCGGCCCCACGUGUGCUGACGAGAGCCUGGCUGCCACCUUUGGCUUGGGGGGCGCCUGGAGCGCUGCCUCCUUUCUGCUCCCCGAGCUGCCAGGCCCCAACCUCACCGUGUCGUUCCUCCUGCGGACGCGGGAGCCCGCUGGCCUGCUGCUUCAGUUUGCCAACGGCUCGGCGGCCGGGCUGACGGUCUUCCUGAGCCAGGGCCAGAUCCGGGCGGCCGUGCCCAGUGGCCCUGCUGUGGCGCUCCCCGGGCGCUGGGAUGAUGGGCUCCGCCGCCUGGUGACACUGAGCUUCGGGCCCGAGCAGCUGCAGGGCCUGGGGCAGCAGGUGCACGUGGGUGGGGGCCCAGCGCCUGCCGACCCCCGGCCCUGGGGUGGGCCCUUCCGAGGCUGUCUCCAGGACCUGCGGCUGAACGGCCUCCACCUCCCCUUCUUUCCUCGGCCGGUGGGGAACUCUAGCCAGGCCACUGAACCCCAAGAGCCUGGUGAGCUGGAGGCCAGCCGGGCCUGGAACCUCACCCGGGGCUGCGUCUCCGAGGACACGUGCAGGCCAGACCCCUGUCUCAAUGGUGGGACUUGCAUCGUCACCUGGAACGACUUCCAUUGCACCUGUCCUGACAACUUCACGGGGCCCACAUGUGCCCAACAACGGUGGUGCCCUAGCCAGCCCUGCCUCCCGCCUGCCACCUGUGAGGAGGUCCCAGAUGGCUUUGUCUGUGUGGCGGAGGCCACGUUCCGCGAGGGUCCCCCGGUUGAGUUCCGCGUGCACAACGCCUCUGCGGGGCGCUGGCGGGGCGAGGUGUCGCUGGCCUUCCGCACGCGCGACACGGACGCGGGGCUGCUGCGCGCGGGGGCCGGGGCCGGCGUGUGGCUGGCGGUGCGCAACGGCUCGCUGGUGGCCGGCGUGCGCCACGCCGAGGCGGGCGCCGCGCUCCCCGAGCCCGGGCCGCGCGUGGCCGACGGCGCCUGGCACCGCGUGCGCCUGGCCCCCGGGGCGCCCGCCUCGGAGCGCUGGCUGCUGUGGCUGGACGGCGCGGCCACGCCCGUGGCGCUGCGCCCCGCGGGCGACCUGGGCUUCCCGCAGGGCCCCGGGGCGGCGCGCAUCCUGUUGGCCGAGAACUUCACGGGCUGCCUGGGCCGCGUGGCGCUCGGUGGCCUCCCGCUGCCCCUGGCGCGCCCGCGGCCCGGCGUGGCCCCCGCACCCCCGGAACACUUCGCGGUCUGGCCUGCGGCGCCCGCCCCGCGCCUGGGCUGCAGCGGAGCCCCGGUGUGCGCGCCGUCGCCCUGCGCGCACGGCGCCUGUCGCGACCUCUUCGACGCCUUCGCCUGCGCCUGCGCCCCGGGCUGGGAGGGGCCGCGCUGCGAGACUCGAGCCGACCCGUGCCGCGCCAGGCCCUGCGCCCACGGGCGAUGCCAGGCGCGCCCGGAGGGGCGCUUCGAGUGCCGCUGCCAGCCUGGCUUCGCGGGCCCGCGCUGCAGGCUGCCGGUGCUGCCAGAGGAGUGCAGCCUCAACUCCACCUGCCUGGAUGGCGGCCUCUGUGAGGCGGCGGCCCAGGGCACCAACUGCAGCUGCCACGAGGCCCUUGCUGGCCGAGGGUGUCAGAGUCCGGCGGCGCUGGCCUGCAAAGCCAACCCCUGCUUGAAUGGGGGCACCUGCCGGGCCGCAGGCGGGGCGGUCCAGUGCUCCUGCCGCAUCGGCUUCUCUGGCCAGUUCUGUGAGGUUGUGAAAGGCCCGCCCCCGCCCCUGCCCUUCCCGCUGCUGGAGGUGGCCGUGCCCGCAGCCUGCGCCUGCCUCCUCCUCCUCCUCCUGGGCCUCCUGUCUGGGAUCCUGGCAGCCCGAAAACGCCGCCAGUCGGAAGGCACCUACAGCCCAAGCCAGCAGGAAGUGGCUGGAGCCCGGCUGGAGCUGGACAGUGUCCUCAAGGUGCCCCCUGAGGAGAGGCUUAUUUAGGCCAGCCUGGUUACCCACACCGUGCCCUGGAAGUCCUGCAGGACACCUAUCUCCCUGGAAACCCACGGGGGUCGCUCUCAGGGCCCGGGACACCCCCCCCCCGGGAGUGUCCCAUGUGUGGCGGCCCUGCCUCCGCCCCACGGUGGGCCUGGGGGAGCGGGGCAUCUCGAGAAGCAGGGAGGGGCCUGUGAGGUUCCUCUCCGACCUGCUGGGAUUUGCCGUGGCCGGUGUGCAGCUGGAGGACGUGUGGGCGCACAUGGCGUGUCAGGAGUGCAAGUUCUCGCGGGGCUCACUGGCGCGGGGAUGUGAUCUCACGGGGAAGUGGCUGCUCCACGUCUAGGAUCAAACUGUACAACUAGGACGGGGCAGCCCAAGGCUGCAUGUGUGCCAGCAGACCAGGGCAGUGCUUACCCACGCUCCGGGGCCUCAGCUCUGGCAUCUCCUGCCACCUCCCAGGGCAAAAGCCCCUGCCCCGGAGAAGGCGGGGAGGCGCCGUCGGUGGAGGAGGGCUCUCGGAGGUGUCGU